CGCAGGGUCGCGGCUAGCCCCUCCCUUCGUGGCAAGAUGGCGUCGCCCAGGUGUACCACGCUUGGCUUCUGGGUCCAGGGUUCCGGGCAGCGUUUGGGGAAUCUCUUGACAUUCGUCUCUCAGCCAUUUUGUUCCGCCACUGCUGCCUCUAGAUCUCUCAAUGCCCAGGGAUUAGCGGAGAGGCUUCGAGCCAAGAAGCAGGAGCAAAAGACGAAGAAGGAGCCGGUGCCCACAAACCCUGUUCAGCGGAGAGUGCAAGAACUAGUGCGGUACACACAGCAGCUGCAGCGAGUCCACCCCAACGUGCUCGCCAAGGCACUGAGCCGAGGGAUUGUCCACCAGGACAAUGACCUUUUGGUCAUCAGUAAGCCCUACGGUGUUCCUGUGCAUGGUGGCCCUGGGGUCCAGCUCUGCAUCAGUGAUGUCUUGCCGAUCCUGGCGAAGAUGCUUCAUGGCCACAAGGCAGAGCCCCUGCAUCUGUGCCACCGUCUGGACAAGGAAACUACAGGUGUAAUGGUGUUGGCUUGGGAAAAGGAAGUGGCACAUCAAGUCCAAGAGUUGUUUAGAACCCGUCAGGUGGCAAAGAAGUACUGGGCCAUCACCGUGCACAUCCCGGUGCCCUCAGCAGGAGUCGUGGACAUCCCCAUCAUUGAGAAGGAGGUGCAGGGCCCGCAGCACCACCACAAGAUGACGCUGUCCCCAAACUACCGCAUGGACAGUGGGAAAGUGGUGAGAGUGCGGGCUGGCCAGAACUCGCAGCUGGCUGUAACGCAGUACCGGGUGCUGAGCAGCACCCUCUCCUCCGCCCUCUUGGAGCUCCAGCCUAUCACCGGAAUAAAACAUCAGCUUCGUGUUCACCUGUCUUUUGGAUUGGAUUGCCCAGUCCUCGGUGAUCACAAGUACUCAGCCUGGAGUAGGCUGGCCCCCCAGAAACUGUCUGCUGGGAUCCUGAAGAAGCUGGGGCUGCCGCAGUCGAAGGCCCGCCACAUCCCCCUUCACCUGCACGCCCGCCAGCUGAUCCUGCCUGCCCUGGGGUCCAGGAGAGAGGGACUCAGCUUGGUCUGCAAGCCUCCUCGCUACUUUGUACAUUCCCUGGGCCGUCUGGGCUUGCAGAUGCCAAGUCCAGAUCAAAAGGGGGAUGAAGCCGGGCAUCUUGUAGCCCAGUGAACACGGUUGGGCUGUUUGGCUCCGGAAUUCUUCUCUUUGCUUAAUGGACUCUGUGAACUUCGCACAUGGAACAGACUCCAGAAAAGCCAGGUGUGAUAAGCUGAUGAAAUCCAGCUGCUUCAGGCUUUUACCAGAGACUAGUCUGUUUACUGGUACUUCGGCCACACUCUGGAGAAGUCUGUGGGAAGUCUCCCUGCCUCUGGCCUCUUUGCCAAGGUGGAAGAGAGCCCGGGAUCAGGCAGUUAGGGUCUGUAAUUGGAGAAGAAGAACAGAAGCACAGAUCUGUGAUCAAGAACUGUUUCCAUCCAACAAUAAAGCUCUUGAUCUAAGAAGGGUCCUGUGGUUGGAAGGAGCAUAAUGGUCAUCUAACUCCUAGAGAUACUCUGAAGCAGUUAGCUGCUGCCGUCGUGGAGCUGCAGGACCUAUUAGCAAACCUUUCUGCUCGUGUGUGUAGUCUCAGACUUUGUGGACACAUAUCAUAGAAUGCAGGAAUCCUCUCCCGCUACAGCGUGGGGGCCUUCCUGCACCAGGACCGUGAGGCCUGUGAAGGGGUGUCAGAUGAGCAGGUGAAAUGGCAGGCCGGGAACGUAACCAGGGGAGCAGGCAGGGUGUGAGGCUGUGAUGGGGAGCGCCUCACUGUCUAAAGAGGGCACGUGUUAGCUCCAGCUUGGUGUUGCUGUAUGAAAACAGAUUUUCUCAUUUUUUUCAGAGAGUCAGGAAGCCCAGAUAUUUAUGUGAAACCUCCCACUGUAUUGCUAACUAUAUUUUAACAAAUCAUAUUGUUAAAAACACUUAGGCAGCCAAGCAAAUG